UUUUACGAUUCCUUCUCGUCGUCUUCUUCCUCGUGACGUGCGUCAAACGCCAGCCGCUUGAUCACCACGCGCGCUUCUUAUGCUUAUUCGUUACCGCUUUCGUGACAAUUGAAACUAGGUUACUGAGCGGAAACGCUAGUAACUAGAGCCCUCGCUGGACGACCGCACCUCUAAUCACCAUGACUGUUCUCCCUCCCGAUCCGUACAGAAUUCUUGGAGUCUCUAAAGAUGCUCAAAUACCAGAAAUCCGUUCCGCUCACCGGAAACUCGUCCUUAAAUGCCACCCUGACAAGAUUCAAGAUCCCGCCUUGAAAGAGGCGAAACAAAAAGAAUUCCAGCAAGUACAACAAGCUUAUGAAUUACUUAGCAACGAAGUCGAACGGGAGAAAUACGACCGGAAAGCCGAGGCAUUUGAGUUACGAGAGCGGGAAAGGGAAAGGGCCAAGACCUCUGCAGCAAGGACAACGUCUUCGACACCUAAACGAGAAUCUCCCCUCUUUUAUCAUGUCAAAGAGGCCUCUCCACGAACCACCACAUUUGCCAAAUCGAGUCCGUACGGAAGAACACCCCCCCGGUCUUGGGAAGACACUACUUCCGCGGCACGACUGUUUGAAGAAGCUACACGCCAUGCCAGGAAAACUGCAAGCUAUGAGAAAGAAAAACCUUCAAGACGGGAAGAAGAGCGUCGUAGGCGCAAAGAAGAAGAAGAGUGGGCUCGCGAAAAGGAGAAGGCGAAGGAAAGAGAGUUGAGAGAAGUGAGGGAGGCACGCGAAGCGCGAGAGGCGCGAAAAGCUAGGGAGCGUAAGGAAGAGAAGGAGCGGGUUGCACGGGACCGGGAAGACCGAGAGAAAGAGAAGCGCAAAGAAGAGAAGAAAAAGGCGCAUAGCGAUCGCGAGAAAGAGCGUGAGAAGGAGCGGAAGAAUGCCACAGCCGAGAAGCAUCGUUCUAGAGGGCACCCAAUCAUUGAAGACCAGGAUUCAUCAGAUGUGCCUGACUCGUCAGAGGAUGAUGAUGUUGUUUAUGAACCGCCGCCAUCCAAGACCGAUAGGAAGAAGUCGGGUAGUAGCCGCAAGCCAGAAGACAUAGACGGGCCAUCGACAGAGCGCACUAGGAAGUACUCUGGUAACAUGGAAAGCGCCAUUCGCUAUCUAACAAAGGCGGGCACUAAACCAGUUUCAUUUGGUCGUUCACACACAUACACCGAGGGCUCCUCCAUGCUCUACAAUCCAAUGGUCCCGACGCCUCCUCCGGCGGCAGGCGCGCCUUUUGCGCCUCCUCCACCAACGAACGAGCCAGAAGAAAUCUCGGAAGAAGAGGUUAGAAGGUCUGCGGCACGGCCAUCUGGUCGGCGCAUGUCCCAUGACACGCCAAGAACAUCAAGGGAGAAGUCAUCUUCACACAAGAAGUCAAGCUCUUCCAGAGACCAACCCAUAAUCGUAGAGGCUGGCUCGCCUCGAACGGUUCCUUCACUCCCUCGUGCACAUACGGAAAGCUUUUCCCGCCCCAUUCCUGUACCAAAUCUAAGUCGCGCAGAAACAUGGUACCCAUCAACGGAGCGUGAACACGAGCGCCAUGAGCGAGGUCGCUCGCGUCUUACGCCACCCGCAUACACGGACGAGGAGGACACUGAGGAGGAUCGAGAACGUCGUCAUCGACGCAGCCGACGGACUCAAUCCCCUGAGCCCAUACCGCACGUUCGAUAUGGUGUGGAUGGUAGUGGCACUAAGAGCAUUCCAAUACGCCAGAAACAGUACCACGAGCAACCGCCACGUGGUUCCUACAAAACAAAUAAGGCUUAUGUCAUGCCGAACUCCUCAGCCCGCGUACAGCGCGGGCAUACAGCAUAUGCCCGUGACUAUUAUGAAGAGGAUCGGCCCCAGCAUUUCCCAGGGAUUAAAUAUGCGCCGCAAUUCAAGGAGCAGGACAUUCGUUACAGCGACCUUCCCUACAAGGGGUCGUCAUACCGACCAGAUGUAUACGCUUAGUGAGACUAUCUUAGAUAUCUCGUAUCUUUGUCGUUUAAUAUCUGGCGUUAUUUGGAGUUCAUUUUCGGUUCUUGCUCCCGUGAAACUGGGAUUUGGCGUUCUGGGCAUUUUAACCCACUUGAUAUCAUUUGCACAUACAGAAU